CAAGUGAUGCGUCUAAGUGGAAUAUAUAAACAAGGACUGCGAAUCUUUGGGCUACUAUUGAAACCUACACAUCUUUAUUUAGAUGUAUCUUAAGGGAUUCUUUCGCCUUGUUGGUGCUCUUCUUGCCAAAUUGAUAAAUUGCCAGAUUACCUAUCUUCAAUUACUGUAGGUGUUUGAGCAAGAGGCAUGAUAAAAGGUGUAGGCACUCGGCACCACUAUACUUUCUCAGCAGGUGAGGCCUCCAUGUGGUUGGACUGUCGCUGCGGGGUAUACAACAUGCGCAGCAGCCUCGCCAUUAGAUGUGACCUUACGUGCUUGAGCAAUUGAAAUGUUUCUGCUUAGAAUUGGUUCAUCGAUGUUCAAGAUCCCUAUUACCUUGCUUUAGCCAUUCGAGCAAGCAAAAAGCGAUCACAUCCGGCACACCCAACCUCCCUACAAUCGAGCACAAGCAACAAAGCGCUAGUGAUGGAGGUUUUAGGUGCCAUUGCAAGCUUCAUAGCGAUCGGUCAAGCCAUUGCGGUCACUCCAAAGAUAAUCAAGACCCUGAGGGCAUUCACACACGCAAGUGAGGAGGUCGAAGCUCUGAUUGACGAGCUUGAAAGCCUCCAUGUAUUCUACGAGCACAUGAAGGAGAAUAUCGAUCUCUUCUCCAGCGAACAUCAUACCCCUCUCCUCCAGGUCGACCAGCCUCCAUACCUCAAACUAAUUCGAAAGGAUUUCGAGUCCUUGACGGCUUCUCUCCAAGAAUUGGCUGAUUCGUAUCUAGUCGACGAGAAUCAUAACUUGAAACCUUCAAAACUACGAUGGUGGAAAAAGCGCAAAAACGUCAUAAAACUACAGCAAGAGUGUUACAAGCAGAGGCAGCGGCUGCAAGAUCUGUAUAGUCUAUUCCGAGACCGAUUAACUUACAAGCAAGGAGAAAUGCUCUUCCACAUACAUACUCGUAUUUCCCAAGAUGUCGGACGCCCUUCUCAAGGCAUACCCGUUUUACUAUCCCCGGGAGAUUGCCUAGACAACCCACCGGAUUCAGCCGAAGCGAAAGCUAUAGUAACCGCGAGCGAAACAGCAGUACUGGAUCCAAGCGCAGGAAGAUCUAAGGAACACCUGGGCCGUCGGUGUCGCUGCUUUUGCCAUGACAAUGGACAUAAAACACCGAGUUACUAUAAUCGUCAAAUCCGCCUGCCCGGUCUUAGCUAUUUGUCGUACCACUCGCAGAUGGCCGUAAGAAACCAAUGCAGAAUGAAUUGCUGCUCUGCUACUCAGUCGUAUGUAUCGCUGCAACUUCGCAUCCCAAUAUGGCUUCAUGGCUUAGCCAUGCUGGGGUCAUUUACAUACAUAUUCCCGUUUCAUAUAACGUUAUCUUUUACGCCGACCAUUCCACUUGAAAUGUGGUUUGCGCGACGACAAUUGGGGCGAAUAUGCCACCUAGGUAAACCGGAAUAUCUCAACCACUGGUUGUCACGCUACGGGUUAUCGAUAUUGAGUACGUAUGAAGACGGAGACAGUAUUAUAGAGUUGAUCAUAAAUUAUGGAGGGUAUCCGCUACUCACGUAUUGCAUUACCACCUGGCCUGGCCUUAUGGAAGAAGCAAGCUCUACAAGGUCCGCAUCAACAUGAUGACUUCGAAGACGAACACCUAACUGAAUAUAUUAUAGACGAGCGGCGACUAACGUGAGAAACAUUCUUUUAUCUGAAUAUCAUGACGUCCCAUAUCAAUGCCGUAGGAAGCUUGUUGCCCGUGACAAAUUUCAUCUUACGGAAUUUCUUCGUUUUAGUGAAGAGGAGGAUGAUAGUUAUAUCAACCUCCUGAAAGCUUGCGCAGAGGGUUCUACCGAGACCAUAGAUCGUCAGUUACAAAAUACACCUGA